AUGACGACAUUACCCACGUUGCCGCCGCUUCCUGAGGACAUUGUCACGGGGAUGGAGGAGCUGAAAAUCGUCAUGAGCGCGGCUCUGGAGCGCCAACGAUCGCAGCUGGUGCAGUCUCGGCAGGACGUGAACCGGGUUCUCAAGGAGCUAGAGGAGGAGUCCAAGGGCGUGUCUCUGGAGAUUGAAAGCCACAUGGCUCGCCAGCACGACUUGCGGCUCCAGAUCUCCGAGCUGGACAAGCAGAUCGAGGACAGCAAGGGCACGAUUGUGGAAUACAGCCGUCGACGGUCUGAGCUGGAAAGCAAGGUGGAGGCUGCUCAGAGGGCGUGUGACGAGGGGCGACAGCGGCUGGAAGAGCAGCAGUCGUUACGGAGGCGCCAGGUACAGCACGUGAUGGAGCAGAGCGUGCGCAACGUGCCCGAGCUCAUGUACAUGGAGGAUCUUCUGGGAAUGAAGAUUGAGGCGGUCCAGGACGACCAGCUGCGGUUUGUGUUUGUCAAGCUGGAUCCCAACGACUACGCCCGCGAGUUUGCGUUUGUGCUCGACAUGGCCGACGUCAACUACCGCGUGGAGCAGCUGGAGCCUACUCUGGAUUUGUCCGUGGUGGAUAGAGUUGUUGGCAAGCUCAACUCCUCGCGCAACUUUCCGCAGUUUCUCAAGGAGAUCCGUCAGGCUUUCAAGGACGCCAUUAUGGAGUAA